AUGGCGGGUCGACGAUCUGCACGCCUGAGUGCCCAAGCCCAGACCCAGGGCAGGGACGAGGAUGCGCCGGCCGCAGUGAUGCCGCCUCCUUCUGCCCCAGCAGUCAAGUCACGCAAGAGAAAGGCGCCGUCCUCUUCCGCCGCCGAGCGUGAGGUGCCAGCUGAGGCUCCAGCUACACCCAAGAGACGAGCGAAGAAAUCGGCGGUUCCUUCGCUGCCAUCCACGCCAACAGCAACUCCGAGCGCUGUCCGUCUCAUCGCAGAGCCGGCUGCUACUCCCACCUCAUCGCAGGGACUAUCGUCGUCCGUGACGCCUAAGCCAAAGUCUCGGGCUGUAGCGCGACUCGCAGACCCAAACUCGACCAACGCGCCGCUGCUCUCGCCAGAGACAUCCAGGGUCAUCUCGCACAAGCCAACGACCACGGCGAACAUGCUUGAGGAGGCAUGUUCGCAUCUCAUCAAGGUCGAACCCCGCAUUGAGCCCCUUAUCACAGCUCAUCAUUGCCGCAUCUUCUCCCCCGCCGGCCUCGCCGAGAAGAUAGACCCUUUCGAGUCCCUCGCCUCGGGGAUCAUCUCCCAGCAGGUCUCCGGGGCCGCAGCAAAGGCUAUCAAGGCCCGCUUCAUCAACCUCUUCGACCCGUCAGCCGCCGCCGACGCCACGACCACCACCGCGACCAACAAGUUCCCAACGCCCUCGCAGGUCGCGGCCGCCAGCAUCGAGAGCCUCCGGUCCGCGGGGCUGUCGCAGCGCAAGGCCGAGUACAUCCAGGGGCUUGCGGCCAAGUUCGCCGCGGGCGAGCUCACCGCGACGUGGCUCGCGGACGCCCCCUACGAGGAGGUGCUGGAGAGGCUCAUCGCGGUGCGGGGCCUGGGCCGCUGGAGUGUCGAGAUGUUUGCGUGCUUCGGGCUGAAGCGCAUGGAUGUCUUCAGCACUGGCGACCUCGGGGUGCAGCGCGGCAUGGCUGCGUUCGCGGGCCGCGAUGUGUCCAAGCUCAAGGCCAAGGGCGGCGGCAACAAGUGGAAGUACAUGUCCGAGAAAGAGAUGGUGGAUAUGGCGGCGCCGUUUAGUCCGUAUAGGAGUCUGUUCAUGUGGUAUAUGUGGAGGGUCGAGGAGACGGAUGUUAGUACGCUGGAAUGA